AUGUCACUGACUACACAUGCUGCGAAAGGCUCCGCGUCCUCGACGCCCUACCAGCUGGACCCAGAACAGACGCUUAAGGCCUCCAAAGCGCUGCUCGACCAUCUUCGCGCGGAAACUGAACGUCUGCAAGCCUCCGCGACCAAGCAAUCGCUGCUCAAAGGCGGUGAUUCAGACUCAGAAGACAACGAGUCAGCCGGAGACGAGACACCGAUCUGGUUGUCUUUGACUACCAAGCAGCACAUUGUCGACAAGAACCGCCUCAAGCCAUCAAAAAUCACCGUACCUAAUUCCCUGAAUACCUCUCCUGACCUCAACAUCUGCAUAAUUGCAGCCGAUCCCCAGCGAGCACUAAAAAAUGUGAUUGCCGAUGAUAGCUUUCCCUCUGAGCUCGCAGCGCGCAUCACGAGAAUCAUUGGUCUCACAAAACUCAAAGCCAGGUACAAGUCCUUCGAGCAGCGGAGAGCAUUGCGAGACGAGCACGACAUCUUCCUUGCCGACGACCGGAUCGUUACUAGACUUCCGGAUGCCCUAGGAAAGGUCUUCUACAAGAGCACGUCUAAACGUCCUGUGCCUAUCCGCAUAGCGGAUCUGAAGCGAGUCGAUGGAAAGCGAGUCAAGCCCGAGAAGAACAAGAAAAAAUCAGCGGAGGAGAAGUCAUCAGCAGUCUCUAGUCCUGCUGUAGUCGCAAAGGAGAUCAAGCGAGCUAUAGAUGCCGUAUCGGUACAUCUUAAGCCAGGGACUAAUGUUGCUGUUAGGGUGGGUCUUGCGUCUUUCUCGCCCGAUCAACUAGCCGACAACAUCAGCAUCGUUACGAAGAACAUCAUCGAAAAUCAUGUUGUGAAAGGUUGGAGAAACGUAAGAAGUAUCCACGUCAAGUCACCUACGUCAACUGCGCUGCCGAUAUGGUUAGCCGACGAGCUGUGGGCCGAUGAGGGGGAUGUCCAGGAGUCAGGCCCAGCUAUUGAGGUCGAUGGGGAAACUCUCAAGCGGAAGCGGAACCAAAGCUCGCACAAAGGCCCUCAGGCAGGACAGAGGAAGAAGGCAAAGACUGGCGAGGCUAUUGCAAACGCCGGUAGGAAGCAACGGCUGGCUGCAGAGAAGGAGAAAGCAUUCACGAGUGCUGCGAAAGCUGUCAUAGUAUGA